UUCACAGUCACGUAAAGGCAGCAAAGGCAGCGACACGCGAAACCACUCAUCGAUCGACAAUGCUACUAUUGACGGGCAUCUGCCUGGCCCUGGGCAUAGCGGUGGCCCUGCUCGGGCUGGCCACCAAACUGCUGGGCCUGAAGCCGCCACUUGUCUUCGGCAAGUACCCACUGAAGGGGCUGUUUUAUCGCCUCAAGUAUGGGAUUGCACUGCUGGUGGUGCGACGGCUGCGGUAUCGCCUCUACCGCCGGAACGAGGAGGUGCUGGGCUCCGAGGAGCAUCUGGCCAAGGUGGACAGGCCGCAGCAGCUGAGCAAUGACCCCAAGAGCUACGAUGUGGUCAGCUUCAUGGCCGCCAAUGCCGAGGGCCAGAAGCUGAUGGUCACCCUCGAGCGGCGACGACGGGGAGUGAUCAAGGCUGCCCUCUAUUUGUGGCUACCGUCCGAGGGGCUGCUCAGCUCCCCCCGGCUGCCGGACAUGGCGCACUUCACCACCGAUGGCAGCGAGGAGAGCAGCGAGUUCCGUGGCGAAGGAUUCCACAUCUAUCCGGAAGAGUCCAUGCGUGUUUGGCGCAUCAAGUACGACGGUUUGCUCACCAAAAACGAGCAGCAGGUGCCGGUGCAGCUAGAUCUGAGGUUCGAGAGCCCCAGCGCGACUCAUUUUGACUAUAGCCGUGACUUGAGCUCCAACCUGAUAGCCGACUCGAUAGCCAGGGAGGCGUGGAACGAGCGCUUCUACGGCAUGCUCCGUUCCGUGACCCACAUCAUGGAGAAGCGCACCCACUACGAGCAGAACGGAGAGCUCUCCGGAUCGCUGCAGCUGGAUGGAAAUAAGUUAAAGCUUCAGAUGCGAGGAUUCCGGGACCACAGCUUCGGCACUGAGCGCUGCCUGAGCUCCAUCAACCGAUAUGUUUACUUUGCCCUCUUCCUGGACGAUGGCAGCAGCAUGGUCGUGGGCAAUCUCAGCCAGCCCUCGUUUUUCCUCUCCUCGCUGAAGGUGGGCUACGUGUGCAGUCCAGCGGGCGUCUACCAGCCCAUCAAGAGCAGCAACUUUGAGCUGUACACGUACGGGGAGAAGGGCACACCUCCCCAGCAUCAGAACUUUAUUGUCUGCACUGAGGAGCGGGAGUAUCUCGUCCAGAUUCGCGUCGAGGACUCCGCCCUGCGCUAUGUGGGCGGCGACUGGGAGUCCAAGGUCUUCAAUCAGUUUGUCUCCUGCACUGUCAACGGCAUUGCCGGCCAGGGACACGCCGAGUUCCUCUAUCGCCACCAGGGCGGCCGGCCCGAGGCGGUCUCCAGUCGGGAUCCACCCUGGUACCAGCGCAUCAAGCACUUUGAGCGCUGCCUCAGCAACUUGGACCCAUCCGCCGACAAGGGGGAGUUCGUCUUCUAAAAUAACAAUAACAAUAAUAUUUAUCCGUGUGAUAUAUGUA